AUGUGUAUGGUUUCUGCUCCUGCUCCAGCUCCCAUAAAUGAUGGGAUCAGAAGAAACUAUAUUAGCGAGGCCAAUCGGCAACUCACAUGUCUUUCGAAAGCCAUUGGACAAGAAGAUGUCACGCGAGAGAAGCUGUUGCACGCCUUGAGGUUUUCCGGUGGUGAAUGGUGUCAAAAGGCCAUACCACAGAAGCUGAACACAUCGGCCUGGGUCUCCGACGUGAGCAAUGAUCACUCACCUUUUGAGUAUUCAUUGGCUCUAUGCCAAGCGACUGGAGCACCUGAGCUGCGAUUCUUAAUCGAAGCUCAGCCCGAGGAAAGCAGCUUAACCGCCCUCCAAGAGAGAACCUCGCGCUUGACCGACGACAUCGCGACAGAGUACGGCCCCACAAAGGUCUCCCUGGACCGUCUGGACCUCGUUCGAGAUCUGUUUCUCCCCUCAGUUGCUGAGGGUAACCUAGCCUCAUGGCACAGCUUCGCUGCCUCAAAUACACUGGAAAAGUGGAAGAUUUACCUGAAUCCAUUAGCCACCGGACGCCAAAACGCUUUCAAUGUCACCCGGAAGGCUCUGGAGCGCUUGGGGUUGGCCAGCUCAUGGAAAUUAUUGGAGAGCAUCAUGACUGGCAACGACUAUCCCAUCUACUUCUCGCUUGGCUUGUCACAGAAUGCAGACGACGCUGAAGUCAAGAUAUAUGUUGCACACAGCGGCGCCUCUGCAACACAAAUCGCGCAAAAACAUGUUAAAAUGGAUCCCAAUUCCAGCGUCCGUGCUAUCGAACUGUUCUACUCGAUUAUGGCGGGUGGAUCGCUGGGGCCGUACCUACGAAAACCGGGGCUAUCCUGUUUCCAUUUCAAGAACAAAGAUCCAUCCAGGCCGGCGGCCCGUACAGUUCUCUACCCAAUAGACAGCUACGCUGCAAAUGAUGCCGAAGCGCAGCAGCGCAUCGAAACGUAUAUGGAUGCCAUUUCUGCGCCUCGGCUCUACCGAGAGAGGUAUAGAAAUGCCAUCAGUGCUGUACAGCGCCGGCCGUUGGAGACUGGUCGUGGCAUACAUAGCUGGGUGAGUAUGAAGGAGAAGUUGGACGGUACGCGGUCCAACACUUUUUAUCUCUCAGCUGAGCUGUACGGGUGUCUUGGUGAGGUCGGCCCUUCUGGUGGCCGCUGA